AUGCCUCUGCAGCCCACAGACGGAGCGGUGCAGGAAGAUACUACGGUCUCUGGGACCUUACCGUACAAGUAACGUGCUGUGAUCAAUCCAGACCUCAGAUCGUUUUAAAGGAAACAAGCAGUUUUCAGCGGAAAUCACAGGAUUAUUCUCUCUUGGGCUGUCGCACGGACUCCGCUCGGACAAGGUGUAGAAAUGUCGAAGCACAGAUGGCAAGGAGUGUGGAAUUGAGCUCAGGAGAGAAAAGAUGCCAAAGAUGAAACACUAAAGCAGAGAUAGAUUUGGGGCCUGUGCAGUCUUUCUGCAGGAGCAGUUGGGAGCGCAAGCCAACCCAGCAACUAUGACCAUGAAAGGCCUGUCCAGCAGCCGCAGUCACCACACAGUGACCUGCGACCCGUCUUAUGACUCUAUGAUUCUGGGGCAUGCCGAUCGCCGAUCCUACUUCCUUAACCCAGGGGAGGCUCAUCCAGCUGAAAACCCCUGCUAUACCCAGCGGAGCACUUUUCAGACUGAGUGCAGUGCCUAUCCGGACCUGACCAGCUGCACUUUUCCUCGCAGACAUUAUAGCUCCCACCAUGAGUUGAAGGAAGAGUGCGGCGCUGUGGUGCCUUACACCGGGCCUACAGGGAGCUGUAAGGGAAGUGGAGGGAACAAUAACCGAAUACCGUCAAACUUGCUUGAGCAGUUUGAGACCCAGGCUCCACUGAGACGUGAAGGUUACCACACGCUACAAUACAAGCAUACAGCAUUGGAGCACCAACGCAGUGACAGCCCUGGUCGAAUUCGCCACCUGGUGCAUUCUGUGCAGAAGCUUUUCACCAAGUCCCACUCUCUGGAGGGGCCCUCGGGCUCUGGAGGAGGUGGGAGUGGAAAGCUGAAUGGCAGCAAAUCCAGUCCAGACGAUCCUCCCUCAUGCUCUGGCACCCUAAAGCACAGCAAGCGCAGUAAGAGCAAAGACCGCUCCAGGUCAGAACCUAAGAUGCGUACCUCUACAUCAGGGUACUGGAGCUCGGAUGACACGCUCGACAAAGAGAUGUGUCUCUACCAUCACCAACAGGGGGGUGGUGUUGGUUCUAAUCCCUCAGGAGUCAUGACUAUUGGACGUCAUCCAGACAAAUCUCAGUCACAGUACUUCAUGGAGUCCUACAACACCAUCAGCGGCCAGUCACUUAAGACGUCACGCAGCAACAAUGACGUGAAGUGCUCGGCAUGCUCAGGUGGCAGCAGUGGAGGUCUUCCUCUUAUGAGUACUCUCGAUGGACAACUCCAGCUUAAGAAGAGCUCAUGGUCCUCUACACUGACAGUGAGCAGAGCGAGGGAGGUGUACCAAAAGGCCUCCGUCAAUCUAGAUAAAGCUCUCGUCAAAGCUGAGCAGGGACGCACUUGCCAUUUCCUACAGGUGCCUCAGGAUGACUGGAGUGGAUUCUCUCCACUGGGGAAGGAUGGCGAGAUCCCUUGCCGGCGAAUGCGUAGUGGCAGCUACAUCAAGGCCAUGGCAGAGGAGGAUAGUGGCGACUCAGAUUGCAGCCCCAAACCCUCUCCCAAGGUCCAGGCACGGCGAGCCAGCUACCUGAAGGCCACACAGCCUUCUCUUACGGAAAUGACGACGCUCAAGAUUUCCACCGAACACUCGCCCAAGCUGCAGAUUCGAAGUCACAGCUACCUGCGGGCGGUGAGCGAGGUUUCCAUCAACAGGAGUCUGGACAGCUUGGACCCGGCAGGGCUGUUGGCUUCGCCUAAAUUCCGCUCCCGCAACGAGAGCUACAUGAGAGCCAUGAGCACCAUAAGUCAGGUAAGCGAGGUAGAGGUGAACGGGCAGAUAGAGGCAGUUUGUGAGUCAGUGUUUAGCGAGAUGGAGUCGCAGGCAGUGGACGCCUUGGACCUACCCAUGUCCGGCUGCUUCCGAAUGCGGAGCCACAGCUACGUGCGUGCCAUAGAGAAGGGCUGCUCACAGGAAAAGGAAGGGGGUGUCGUGGCACUGGGCGACAGGAGGAUGGACUCCCCGCCUCGCACCGCCACCACCGUUCGAACCAUCCAGAGCAGCACAGUUUCAUCAUGCAUCACCACAUACAAAAAGACGCCUCCACCUGUGCCACCAAGGACCACUCCAUCCAAACCGUUCAUCUCCAUAACGGCACAGAGCAGCACAGAGUCAGCCCAGGACGCAUACAUGGACGGAGGCCCCAACCAGCGGGCAGGCAUCAGCUCCCAGCAGGGGCUUUCCAACUCCACUGAAAGCAUCGACAGCAUGAAAGCCCUGACAGCGGCCAUCGAGGCGGCCAACGCUCAGGUGCAUGGCCCCGCCAGCCAGCACGUCACCAACAGCACUAUCACAAUCACCGCGACGGCCACCACCUCCAUCAAGGCUGACAGCAAGGCGCAGAGAGAAGCGCUCAGAAAGUGCCUCUCCAUUGGGAUUCAGGUGGACCCGGAGGAAGGAGGGCCGAUAGAUGAGCAGUCUAAAUUCCAGUCAAUAGGAAUUCAGGUGGAGGAUGACCGAUGUCACCGCAGGAUGACCCGGUCCAACAGUGUGACCACAGCUGUACAAGCAGACCUCGACAACCUGGCUGAUGCUCCCGAGCUCCCACUGCGGCAGUGUGCCACCAUGCCACGUCAGCAUUCCCGCGACGCCACCACCUCCACCGUCAGCAUCCAGGGCUCUGGGAACCACUACCAUGCCUGUGCCGCAGAUGAGUAUGGUGAGGUGGGCUUUGACCCAUCCAUCCUGCCUCCCCCAGACCCCUGGAUGGACAGCGUACCCGAGCCGGGGGCAGUAGAGACUCUGGAGGCCGUGAGCCGGUCAGUGUGCCCCCGUGAUGGCCGCUGGUUCCUCAAGCUGCUGCAAGCCGAGACGGAACGUAUGGAGGGCUGGUGCAGACAAAUGGAGCAGGAUGAGGUGGAGAAUGAACUGCCUGAUGAGGUCCUAGGGAAGAUCCGCAGUGCAGUGGGGAGUGCCCAGCUGCUGAUGUCCCAGAAGUUUCAGCAGUUCCGGGAGCUGUGUGAGGAGAAUCUGAACCCAAAUGCACACCGGCGGCCCGUCUCCCAGGAUCUGGCGGGUUUCUGGGACAUGCUCCAGCUGUCCAUUGAGAACAUUAGCCUGAAGUUUGAUGAACUCCACCAGCUCAAAGCCAACAACUGGAAACCUCUGACCCCCCCAGGAAUUCAGGAGAGAAGGAUGCCCCCCCCUGUGCCAAAGAAGCCCCUGAAGGGCCACCCACCUCUGGCUAGGGACCACUCACUGGAGAGCUCCGAGCGCCAACGCCUGGAGGCUCGCAAACGCCUGCUCGCUGCCAAACGUGCCGCAUCGGUGCGGCAGAGCUCGGCCACUGAGAGCGCAGACAGCAUCGAGAUCUAUAUUCCCGAGGCACAGACCAGACUCUGAGACGCAUAGAUGCGUACACCUACACCUCUAAUAUUCUACACUGUCUCAUAAACACUGUAGUAGCACUGAAUGGUAAGGCUAGGGUGCUAACAUACUGUAACCACCUUUUCUGACGACUUUCCAGAUCACUGUGGGCUCACUCGCCGUGGAAGGUGUCUGAACAGGAAAUGUACAUUUACAGUAUUUAUUGAAUUAUUUAUAUAUCUCCUGUCUCCCUCUUUUCCUUUUUCUCAGCUUUGAUGUAGCACUCCUGUUUAUCACUCAUAAAGAUUUGUCUAAAAAAAAAAAAGCCUCUUCCAUAAAGUUGCCUGAUACUACAUAACAAAGAGUUCAUACCUCUUGCACAUUUUUACAUUUUGUCACAUUACAAUCAGAAAUUUUUACUUGUUUUACAGUGAUUUUAUGUUGUGCAAAAAGUAGCACAAAAUAGUGCUUUUACAAAGAGCAAAAGCAUUCCCAUACCACGAUGCUGCUACCACCUUGUUUCACAGCAAGAAUAGUGUGUUCAGGGUGAUGUAUAGUGUCAAUGUUCCACCAAGCAUAGUGUGUUGCAUGUGGAUGUGAGGUGGGGUUUUUAUCUCCACAGCAUGAUGCAGCCACCGCCAUGUUUGCGUGUGGGAUGGUGUGUUCGCAAUUCUAUUGCAUAAUGUGAAGUAAAAAGAAAAUAAAUAAUGGUUUUACAUUUCUUUACAAAUAACAUUCGGAAAAGUGCAACAUGCAUUUGUAUUAAUAUCCUUGUCCUGCAACCUCUGCCCAGUAUCAAGCCUUUUACAGCCCCUAACAGGUUUUUUUCAAGGAUUUAUGGGCCACAAAGUUCAGUUUUGGUCUUCAUUUGGGGAGUGCAAGACUAAUGGAUGUCCUAUCAACAGAUUCCCACACCUGAGCUGUGGAAUUCUGCAGCUCUUCCAGAGUUAAACUGUAAUGCUAUUUAACGAACCUCUGAGGCCUACAGAACUAUAUGUUUACUGAGAUUAAAUUAUAAUGAAUUUUAUUUAGGGAUAUCAGAGUAAAGAGGGAUAAAUACAAAAACACACCACACUUUCCAGAUUCUUACUUGUAAUACAUUUGUUAAACUGUAUUAUUUUACAUUCACCUAAAUAUCAUAUAAAACAAACGUUUGUGGUUGCAAUGUGACGUUGAAAAAAGUUCAAGGCAUGUGAAUACUUUUGCAAGGCAGUGUAUUUGACACAAACGGAAUUCUGUUUAAGCUUCACUGGGUCGGAUUAAAUGGCUAGGUUUUUCUAGUCCAUGUGAGGCAGAGAGGUUGGGACUGCGGUCCUCCUUUUGAAAGAGCCACAAAAGUAAAUCUGUGUAUGAGGGUCAUAAGGAGUGUGUGCUUUCAUUCAGAUCUCAAAAGUGCUUCCUAUUUUUCUAGAGCCGAAAGAUUCGUGAGUGUUGGGGUAGCGACAUCAACAAACCAACUGCCCUGUCUCAUUUUAAACUCAGAAAAACAUGUCUGUAAUAAGAACACAAGUAUGACGUAACAUGACUCGCAUGUGGACGUUUUUUUUGUCUUUUUUUUUACGUUUAUUCCUACACAAGUGUUGUGUUCACACUCCUGUGUAUCAGACUGAGCUAAAAUACUGAUAUUUGGUACAAUAUAAUGUAGUUGUACUAUAUUUUUUUUAAAUGUCAUUUUUAGCCAAGAUACGUUUCUUGGAAGUAUUGAGUCUAGAAAAAUGGAAAGGGACUAUUUCUCCUCACUGUGUGUGCAUCUCUGCCUCCAAAUGAAGCAAUUACUGAAGGUCAUACAGAAGAAUCAUAUUUCUAAUAUUUUGUAUUAAUGUUUAAUUUAUUAAUUGCGGAGGUGACUGCAUAUUGACAAUGUGGUUAUUAUUAUUAAUAUAAUUAUACACUAAUAACACGGCCCUUAUACUGUGUUUGGGUUUUAUUUAUUGACUCUUCUGCAUGAAAGGCACCUGUUUUGUUUUUUUCUGUUUCUGUGAUCAGCCUUAAUUUCUACUACGAUAGUUGAGCACAACAGCAGUCUCAGGGCAGGAGGCACGUUGCGUGAGUGCCUGACUUCACUUGAGUGUUUUAGUAAAUUUAAAUAAAUAUGAAUAUAAUGGAAAAGUUAAUUUAUUGCAGUUAUUUAACAAAAGAUUAUGUACUAGAAUCAUUGCGCACGGAUUGAUAUAUUUCAACCAUUUAUUUUUUGUAAUUUUGAUUAAUUUAUUGCAGAUUUGCUAUGUUAUGAUCAUGUGAUGACAUACAGAGUCAUAGGAGCAACUGUUGACUUGGCCGUGCUCCAGUUACCUAGGGAACACAAGGCAAAAAAGGCCAUUGCUAAAUAAGCUGCCUUUCAGAGUGCUGGGUAGGAGCAUAUUGAGGGAAAAUUGAGUGGAGGGAAAACAUGUUGUAGAAGCUACAAGAAGAUUGUGAUCCUUUUAAAAAAAUCAUUGGUCUUUUGAAAUACUCAAAUUCAAACAUAAAUUUGGAUUUUUAUUAACUAUAAGGUAUAACAUUUAAAAUUAAAGAAAGUAAAUAGCUGAAAUAUAUCACUCUCUGUGUAGUGAAUCUAUGAAUUAAUUUCACUUUCUGAUGGAUCUACUGAAAUACACUUUUUCUAUGCCAAUCUAUUUUUUUGGAAUUCCCCUGUAUGUAACCCAAAGUUCCAUCUCUCAUUACAUAUAAUCCUUCUCAUCAGGAUUAUCCCACAUAAGGAAAAAGUGUUCUGCCAUAUUCUGAACCACUUCCCUGUUGGGAAAUGUGACCCAACUUUCUUCAAGUAUAACAAGGUAUUUCUGACAGCUGCUUAAAUGUGGAGACAAUCCUGAUCAGGCCUAUAGUCAUUUUUAUUAUUUUAGCUAACCGAACAGCAGGACUUCAUGUGUAAUUUAGUUAUCCGUGUUGAUCUGACAAUGUUUGUGCCAUUGAAUAGGAGGGAAUACAGUUUAUCCUGCUAUUUUACCUAAUUAAACAGCAACCUUAAGUUUUCAUUAAGGUAAAAAAUAAUUUGUGAUAGAAGUGAUCAUGUAAUCUUACAGACAAUUUGUAUUUCCUUUAGCUGAUGGAUGAAAGUUUACAGGAUACAAAUAAUUGAGUCAAAGCCAUUUUAGUAUUUUUUUAUUUCACUUUUGAACUUGUGUUUGCAUUAACUUGUCUGGUAAAAGAUAGGUUUUCUAUUUUUGUUUAUUAAUAUAACAUAUCAGUAUAACCCUCCUGAUAUAGCAGGGAGUUAGAAACCAGAAUGUUGAAUUAUGGGCAGCAAUUCUGGCAUUUCUGAAGCUUGUGAUGUACAUCUGCUACUCAAUAAAUUAAAAUAUCUUUAAAAAAACGUAUUUUAGUAAUUCAGUUUGAAAAGUGAAACUCAUAGAUUCAUUACAAACAAAGUAAUAUGUAUCAAGUUAUUAUUUCUGUUCAUUUUGUUGCUUAUCGCUCACAGCUAAUGAAAGCUUAAAGGUUAGUUUAUCAGAACACUAAAUAACACCAAUAAAAAAUUACUUUUAAUUCCUAAUCCCAGGCCUACUGAAAACAAUGUGCAUGUAUAUCACAACAUAUGGGCCUAAUACUUGGUUGGGGCGUGGAGCUGAACAGCAUGUGGCUCUACUGAGGUGUUGAAGAUGCCCCAGUUGCUUUAAUAAGGCUUUUUAGCUCAUCUGUAUUGUUGGGCUUGGUAUAUCUAUUUGUCACCUUGACAAUUCUCCAUAGAGUUUUCAUAGGUUUUAGUUUGGGUGGGUCUCCUGUCCAGUCAUGCACAGCAAUACCAUUGUCAUUAAAUAUUUGAAUGGGCUGUGCUUCACAAUCCUCUUAAGUCAGCAGUUACCCGUGUGCUUGUGCAUGUUUUUUUUUUACCCAUUUAUCCUUCUAUUCAACUUUUGAUGCAGCUUUCUUAAGUAGCCAGCUGUUUUAGCAAUGAGUUGUUGUAGCUUACCCUACCCCUUUUCCACCAACGCGGUUCAGAGCCCGAUUUUGAACGAGUGGCAUGUGUUUCCACCAACGAAAAGAGGUUCCAGGGCGCGAACUCUUGUUUAACUCGAAGCUGCAGACAAUAGAAGCAAAGAGUAAGGCAGCAAAGACGAAGAAUGCACAGGAUAAACAAUAUUUACUGAACAUAUGCAAAUGAAAACAUUGUACAUACCAUUGUUCUUGCACAGUCGCCAUCUCCUCCUUAUUAAAUGUAGUUUAUGGAUGCUUUCUUUUUGCAUUAAAAGGAACGUUGCGUGCAGAUAAGCAAACUCUACUGUCUUGCCACCAUGCUUUCCUCCACAUUGUGUAACAACCACUGUUGAAGAGUCAAGCUUGGUUCCCAAACCUGGUGGAAACACGCAUCAGUGCUCAACAAAACACAAAAAGUCGAAUGAAUCCGAAUCACAGUUUGUAUUUACUUUGCAAAUAAAUAAUACCAAAUGUCUUCUGAGCAGCACUAAAGGCAGCCCUAGUACCACCAGUUGUACAGGUACCACUAUUUGAGAACCGUUUAGGGAAACCUAUCUGAAAUUAUAGGUGUUCAUUAGCUGUAAGCCAAUCAUUAAAAUUAAGACAAAUAAACACUUUAAACUUCACUGUAUGUAGUAAAUCUCUAUGAUUUCCACUUUUUGACUUGAAUUAUUGAAAUUAAGAAACUUUUUGGUGAUAUUAUGAUUAGAGGUGCACCUGUUGUUGGUCAGAUUAAUAUUUGUACAUACAUGAAUGUUUCCCUAUGUAAAUGUAAACUAAAACACACAAAUAACAUAUUGAGCAGAUAUACAUUUUGUAAUUCAGUUAUUACACUGUUGGUGUUAUGGCACAUGUAUAAGCUCUUAUCGGCAUUAAAGGAAAGAGUCAUU